AUGCAUUUUACCACCUUCUUCACUUUCCUUGCCGUGGGAUACGGCGCCAUGGCGCAAGACCCAAAGCAACCGUCCGAGACAGGAACAGUUAUGUCCACGCCACCCAAGGAGCCCGGCACGAGCUUCUUGUGCCAAACGUCGGAGUUCAAAACCCUCGACAACUCAGAGGGGAUCUGCGGGGCGGCCGGCGGGAAAUUCAACCUUUUCUCAGGAUGCUGCAUAGAUACCGCCGCCUCAGGCACCGAGUCGUCCUACACGCAGGGCUGCAGCGACAACGGGGGCACCGUCAAGAAGCUAGACUCAGGCUCGUGUGACCUGGCGGCAUGA